CACAAGCUACACCACUUUCUUCUACCCUCUCUCUGUGUGUUUUCAAGGUCUCAACGGCUACCAUGGCUGCUACGAGAUCACUUCUUCUUUCUUUGUCAAUUCUACUUCUACUUUGCUUCAACGCUUCUUGCAAAGAUACCCAUGAUCUUGAUGAAGAAGAUCUUAGUUUCCUCGAGGAAGACGAGCACGACGCCGCCGAAUCAUCCCAUCACGGUUACGAGGACCAUGAUUUCGAGAACUAUGAUGAUUUGGAUGAUUUCGGAGACGGGGAGGGAGAAUACCCAGAUUCAGAAUCGGCUCCCGAAGCUGAGAUCGACGAGAGUGAUGUAGUUGUGCUAAAUGGGUCAAAUUUCAGUGAUUUCUUGGAGAAAAAUAGGUAUGCCAUGGUGGAGUUUUACGUGCCGUGGUGUGGGCAUUGCCAAGCUCUGAAACCGGAGUAUGCGGCGGCGGCGACGGAGUUGAAGGCGGAUGAGGUAGCGCUGGCGAAGAUGGACGCUGGAGAGGAGACUGAACUGGCCCAAAAGUACAAUGUUGAAGGGUAUCCUACAGUGUUAUUCUUUAUUGACGGUGUUCAUAAGCCUUACAACGGUGCGAGGAACAAGGAUGCUAUUGUGACUUGGGUGAAGAAGAAGAUUGGUCCUGGUCUACACAAUUUGACCACAACCGAGGAAGCUGAAGGCGUAUUAACCAGCGAAUCACCAGUAGUUGUGGCCUUUGUGGAAAAUUUGGUGGGUCCAGAUAGUGAAGAACUUGCUGCAGCUUCAAAACAAGAAGAUGAAGUAAGCUUCUACCAAACAUCCAGUGCUGAUGUGGCAAAGCUUUUUCAUAUUGACCCAAAAGGGAAACGACCAGCUUUGGUAUUGGUAAAGAAGGAAGACGAGAAAGUUAGCCACUUUGGGGGUCAGUUUGUAAAUUCAGCAAUAACAGAGUUUGUCUCAAAGAACAAGCUCCCUCUUGUGAUUUACUUCACUCGUGCAAGUUCUUCACAAGUAUUUGAGAACCCAAUCAAGAAUCAGGUGAUUCUUUUUACUACUUUGAAUGAAACCGAGAAGUACCUUCCUAUAUUCCAAGAAGCAGCAAAAUAUUUUAUGGGAAAGGCUCUUUUUGUAUACGUUCCAAUGGACGAAGAAGAUGCUGGUAAACCAGUUGCAGAAUACUUUGGCAUUGAAGGAAGUGCUCCAAAAGUUAUAGCAUUCACUGGAAAUGAAGAUUCCAGGAAGUUCUUUUUGGAAGGAGAAUUGACCUUGAACAACAUCAAGUCAUUUGGUGAAAAUUUCCUAGAAGACAACCUCAAGCCCUUCUACAAGUCUGAUCCAAUCCCCGAGACUAAUGAUGAGGAUGUAAAAAUAGUUGUUGGUAAUAACUUUGAUGAAAUAGUUUUGGACGAGUCAAAGGAUGUUCUUCUAGAGAUAUACGCGUCAUGGUGUGGCCAUUGCCAAGCACUCGAACCAACUUACAAUAAACUCGCAAAACAUCUUAGAGGGAUUGAUUCCCUUGUUAUAGCCAAAAUGGAUGGCACCACAAAUGAACACCCUCGUGCCAAGUCUGAUGGAUUCCCGACACUACUUUUCUUCCCCGCUGGCAAUAAGAGUUUUGACCCGAUCACAGUUGAUACAGAUAGAACAGUGAAAGCCUUCUACAAGUUUCUCAAGCAACACGCGGCUAUCCCAUUCAAGCUCCAGAAACCUGAGUCGACUCAGAAACCCCAAACCGAGUCCACUCAGAAACUCGAAACUGAGUCAACUCAGAAACCCGAGUCAACACAGGAAAGCAGCAAUCAAGAUCUGAAGGAUGAAUUAUGAUUUAUGAGGUUUUCCAUAACUUCUAACUUCAAAAAUUAGCAUAUGUUGCUCUACCAAAAUCGAAUAAUGUAGUGGUCAAAGCCCGAAAGUCAAAUUUUCAGUUUUUUUUACUACGUUUGACUUGUGUAAAAUGUCAAAGCUUUAUAGGAUAUUUAUAUUUAUAUAUGAUCUUUCUGCC